CCGCUCUCCGCGCCGAGCCGUGCGAGCCCAGCCGGCGCCCCAGCCCCGCCGCUCCCCACAUGCGAGGGGGAGGGGGCUCUACCUGUCCUACUUCGACGGCUGGCUGCAGAGCCGGGAGAGGGGGGAAAGGAAAGCAGAAUUACCAGUAGCUCUGGUUCUGCCGUCCCGGGCGUUCACACACGCCUUCACCUGCACAGACCUGAAAGUCCAGUUCCGCCAGGGAGACGGAGGCACCGGGAAAAGGGGAGAGAGUUCAUUGGAUCAAACAUGUCACAAGAGACGGACAAUAACAAGCGCCUUGUGGCCUUAGUGCCAAGUGACACUUCCUUCAACACCAGACGAGCCUACACCAGCGAGGAUGAAGCCUGGAAGUCGUAUUUGGAGAACCCUCUAACAGCAGCUACCAAGGCUAUGAUGAGCAUAAAUGGUGAUGAGGACAGUGCUGCUGCUCUUGGCCUAUUGUAUGACUAUUAUAAAGUGCCCAGAGAUAAAAGGCUGUUGUCUGUUAACAAAGUGAGUGAUAAUCAAGAAGACCAAGAUAAAAGAAAUUGCCUUAAUACCACAGAAGCUCAGAGCAGUUUAAGUGGGGGAGAGAACCGUGUGCAAGUCCUGAAGACGGUGCCAGUUAACCUCUCCUUGAACCAAGACCCUUUGGAGCCCUCCAAAAGAGAAUACAACACAAAUGUGUCUGGGAGCUCGACACCCAUCACGGGGACUGCAGUGACUGUGGUUAAAGCAGAGGAGUUCACCCCUGUGUUUAUGGCUCCACAAGCUCACUAUGGCAGGGGAGAGAGUGAGGAGCACCGAGGGGUUAUCUUUGAGCCGUACGAGGUGUCCAGCAUUGCUCCCCACACAAACUACCUGAAGGAUGACCAGCGCAGCACUCCUGACAGCACCUACAGUGACACCUUCAAAGAUGGAGGAGCAGAAAAGUACCGCAGUGUGUCGGUGGGGGCUGAGGAAUACAUCUACGAACAAACAAGCACUUUUCAGUACACUCUGGAAGCUACCAAGUCCCUGCGCCAGAAGCAAGGGGAGGGCCCCAUGACCUACUUGAACAAAGGCCAGUUCUACGCCAUCACCCUGAGCGAGACCGGCGACAACAAAUGCUUCCGGCACCCCAUCAGCAAAGUCAGGAGCGUGGUGAUGGUGGUUUUCAGUGAGGACAAGAACAGAGAGGAGCAGCUGAAGUACUGGAAGUACUGGCACUCGAGGCAGCACACGGCCAAGCAGAGGGUCCUGGACAUUGCUGAUUACAAGGAGAGUUUCAAUACCAUUGGGAACAUUGAAGAAAUCGCUUUCAACGCUGUGUCCUUCACUUGGGAUGUCAACGAGGAGGCAAAGAUCUUCAUCACGGUGAACUGCCUGAGCACAGACUUCUCCUCCCAGAAAGGGGUCAAAGGGCUUCCCCUGAUGAUUCAGAUCGACACGUACAGCUACAACAACCGCAGCAACAAGCCCAUCCACCGAGCCUACUGCCAGAUCAAGGUGUUCUGUGACAAGGGAGCAGAAAGGAAAAUCCGAGAUGAAGAGAGGAAGCAGAACAGGAAGAAAGGCAAAGGGCAGGCAUCCCAAGCCUCCUGUAACAACUCUGAAGGGAAGUUGAGUGCACUGCCCCUGCAAAAAAAGAGUGAUAUCACCUUCUUCAAGACCAUGGCUGACCUGGACUCCCAGCCCGUGCUCUUCAUACCGGACGUUCACUUCGGAAACCUGCAGCGGACUGGGCAGGUUUACUACAAUGCAGAUGAUGAGAGAGAAGGCAGCAGUGUCCUGGUCAAAAGGAUGUUCCGGCCUGUGGAAGAGGAGUUUGGUCCUUCCCCUUUGAAACAAGUGAAAGAAGAAGGCCUGAAAAGAGUGCUUUUGUAUGUGAGGAAGGAGACAGAUGAGGUCUUUGAUGCUUUGAUGCUGAAGUCACCCACAGUAAAGGGGCUGAUGGAGGCGAUCUCUGAGAAGUAUGGGCUGCCAGCUGAGAAGAUUGCAAAGCUUUAUAAGAAGAGCAAAAAGGGUAUCUUGGUAAACAUGGACGACAACAUCAUCGAGCACUACUCCAACGAGGACACGUUCAUCCUGCACAUGGAGAGCAUGGCUGAGGGCUUCAAGAUCACACUGACAGAGAUCUAGCCUGAGGCAGAGCCUUUCUGGGAGGAACCACAGCAUUUCACCCGACUUGGAAAGCAGAAGGUCCCCUGGGAACUUGACAGCCAUUGAUCAGAGCCUGUUACAAGACUGCUUUGAAACUCCUGUCCGGACUGCACGGAGGCCUGAGGCCACUCAUGUCAACCUGGUCCCUUAUUUAUUAUUCCCCACUCUGUAGUGGACAAGCAGUUGCCAGCCCCCACAUGUGUAACCAGCCAGCCCACUGCAAGUGUGCAGUGCAGCAUCUUCUCCUGUGCUUCAGUGUGGACAGGCUCCUCCCAAACCUGCUGAGGAGCCACGCUGGUCCAGUUCCACAGCUCUGGUGUCCAUCACUCCAGCAGCAGUUCUCUGUGGCUGCUGAAAAGCUGGUGCAGUGCUAGAGGUGGGGAAAGUGGCUGCCAGUUGGCUUGCUCAGACUGAGCCAUAUCUCCAGUGUGGUCUUGCCAAAUACCUCUGGUGGUUCUCAGCACGCAGCAGCGAGGAGUUGAGAGUGAGGCAUUCAGCUUCUGGUGUGUAAGUAAGUGGUAGAGAAACCAUUUUAGCCUUGUAAAUAAUGUUUAUAAUAUGCAAUAAUAUAUUUUAACUACUGUCUGUGGGCAUGUUUACUGCCACUGUGUUUGGGUAUGUGUUGGGUUUGGGGUUUGACAAGGCCUUUCCUAGAGGAGGGGGUGGCUGCAGUCAGUUCAGCAGUGUGUACUGAGAAGCUGCUAACUGCAGCUGCACUCCUGCUCUGCCUGCUCUGAUACUGAAACAUGAGAGCAAGCUGUACCACUGGGGCUGCAAUGCUCUGCCACAAAGGGACCCACUCUAGGUGGCAAGGUCCCAGCUGUAGGUACCAGAGUGUCCCAUCCAGCUGUCAUCACAACCAAGUGGUGCCAUGUGUCUGCUGCUUGGUGUGUCUUGGGGUAAAAGAGGGGAUUUCUGCCCCUCGUGUGGCAGAAGUGGAGGCUUUCAAAGAGCUUUUCUCAAUCCAGUGGAGGGAAGGGUGCUUUCUGCAGCACUCCUCUAGACAGUAAGAACCAGGACUCAAGCUCUUCUUCUCAAGGGUGCUUGCACUUUUAUC